CCUGGGAAGCAAAGAAACAGCACGUACGUACGCACGCCAUGGCACCUAUCUCGAAGCUUGUGCUUCUCCUGAUGUGCGCCUACCACACCCUCGUUGCUCAAGCAGGAGACGAUGAUCUUCGCAGCUCCUACAUGGUUCUGUCCGCUGGUUCCCUGAAAUCUGCCACCGUCAACUGCACCGAUCCCAAAGUGAGUGCACCAUCCGGCGGCGGCGUCACGGUGCCAUUGCACCACCGGCACGGCCCAUGCUCCCCUGUCCCGUCCACGAAGGCGCCGACCUUGGAGGAGAUGCUCCGGCGUGACCAGCUCCGAGCUGACCACAUCAGACGGAGAUUCUCUGGCGUCAAGCAGGGUGGCGCCGGUGAUGUCGAGGAAUCGGAAGUUACCGUGCCGACCACGCUGGGCCUCUCCCUGGGCACGUUGCAGUACGUGAUCACCGUCGGCAUCGGCUCGCCGGCCGUGAACCAGACCAUGUUCAUCGACACCGGCAGCGACGUGUCAUGGGUGCAGUGCAAGCCGUGCUCGCGGUGCCACCCGCAGGCGGACCCGCUCUUCGACCCUAGCUCGUCCAGCACCUACUCCCCGUUUCCCUGCAGCUCCGCCGCCUGCGCGCAGCUUCGUCAGGACGGCCAAGGAAACGGCUGCUCUGGCUCCCUGUGUCAGUACAUUGUAAACUAUGGCGACGGUUCCAGCACCACCGGGACGUACAGCUCCGACACGCUUGCUCUGGGCUCCAGCACAGUCAAGAACUUCCAGUUCGGGUGCAGCCAGUCUGAGUCGGGCAACCUUCUUCAAGACCAGACCGCUGGGCUCAUGGGCCUCGGCGGCGGCGCAGAGUCUCUCGCCACCCAGACCGCGAGGACCUUCAGCAGGGCCUUCUCGUACUGCCUCCCGCCGACUCUGGGCUCGUCCGGGUUCCUCACUCUCGGUGCAGCAACCUCGGGUUUCGUCAAGACGCCGUUGCUCAGGAGCGCGCAGGUCCCGGCGUACUAUGGCGUGCUCCUUCAGGCCAUCAGGGUGGGAGGCAGGCAGCUCAACAUACCCGCCUCAGUCUUCUCCGCCGGGUCGAUCAUGGACUCCGGUACCAUCAUCACGCGGCUGCCGCGGACCGCGUACUCUGCGCUGUCGUCAGCGUUCAAGGCCGGCAUGAAGCAGUACCCGCCGGCGCAGCCCAUGGGCAUUCUGGACACGUGCUUCGACUUCACCGGCCAGUCCAGCAUCAGAAUACCGACCGUCGCACUGGUGUUCGCCGGGGGCGCUGUUGUUAACCUCGCCGCCGACGGGAUCAUUCUGGGCGGCUGCCUCGCCUUCGCGGCCAACAGCGAUGACACCUCCCUCGGCAUCAUCGGCAACGUGCAGCAGCGGACGUUCGAGGUGUUGUACGACGUCGGCGGCCACGCCAUCGGGUUCAAGGCAGGUGCAUGCUGAUCGCGCACAAGUACUUGUUUGCUGCUGGGAGCUAAGACCUCUCACAGAGUAUCACGCAUCCUCAUACAAUAUAAAUGACAUGGUAUAUAUAUUAUAAUAAAUAAAUAAUAAAGAUGAUGUAUGAAUAUAUAUCAUGUAUACUUUCUUCAUCAUGGAUUAGA